AUGACCAAGAAACAAGUGCUCGUGAAGAAGCUGAAGGCUGUCGAGACGCUCGGAUCUACUACUUGCAUUUGCUCAGACAAGACAGGUAAUCUUACACAGAACCGAAUGACUAUUAUCCAUCUCGCGUAA